GAGAAAACAUAUAAACGUUCAAUUGAUAGUCGUGUUUGCGGCUGUGCGUUUAUUUCUGAUGUGACUGUUAGAACCGAGCAAUGCAUUCUUGAUUACAUUCGCAAUACAUAUUGAGCCGUAACUCUUGAGCAAGGGUAGUAUGUGAUGGUUGAGAGAAAUGUCGACCGUUUACAACACUGCGUACAUCAGUCAGUGAAGCAAGAUGGACGCGAUUGAUAUAAGUUCAGAAUCCGACAGUGAUAACGAGUUUUCAAAUAGAUUAUUGUUAAUAAGGAAAUCAUCCGAAAAAAAAUAUGGAAGAGCUCUUAGCUGUCCAAAAGGAAAACACAUGGAGAAUUCAAUUUAACUUCUGAGUUUUCAGAUGAAAAAUUUAAAAAUUAUUUUAGAAUGACUAGGAACGAUUUUAAGGAAGUACAUGCGAUGAUUGCUACAGAUUUAGAAGAUCAAGGAUAUGGUGGUCAUGAACGAAUUAGUACUGAAGAAAAAUUGGCCGUUUUCUUAAGAAUUGUCGAGUUCAUUACCCUGAAUGACUAUAAUAUUUGGUGUCAAUGGUGUCCCACCUUCCUGUGGCUGUUGUUGUAUAGGAGAAGGCAUACGAUAUGUUUCUGCAUCAAAAUGUGGCUGUUGUUCUGCAGAUUUGUCGUGAGCGGUAACUCAUAUCGGAGCAUGGGUUAUAGUUACAGAAUGGGAGAAAGGACUAUCUCAAAUAUUAUAACCAAAGUAUCUUCAGCUAUUUGGAGAAACAUGCAACCUAUUUACUUGCCGGAACCUACACUGGAUAUAUGGAAUAAAAAGGUCGUCGAUUUUCAAAAUAUAUGGCAAAUGCCUAAUACCGUGGGCGCUAUCGAUGGAAUACACGUGACAAUUAAGAAACCGAUAAACAGUGGAUCCUCAUUUUUUAAUUAUAAGCAACAUCAUUCUAUUGUGCUGUUGGCGGUAGUAGACGCAAAUUACAAAUUUGUAUUUAUUGAUGUCGGUUCUAAAGGCAGAUUUCCAGAUGGAAAUAUUUUUGAUAAUUGCAUAUUAAAGAGAAAAAUGAUGAACAGACAGCUGCACCUUCCCGAGCUCAAGGGUCUACCUGGAAGAGAAGACAUAGUUGUGCCUUAUGUUAUUGUUGGUGACGCUGCAUUUCCUUUAAUGGAAAACCUUAUGAGACCUUUUCCUCAGAGACGAGUGGUAGACAAUUAUAGAAACAAAGUUUUUAAUUGCAGACUCUCAAGAGCAAGACAAACAGUUGAAUGUGCAUUCGGCAUAUUGAGUUCCCGGUUUAGAAUAUUUUUACGUCCAUUUGAAAUGAAAGGAGAAACAGUCAACAAAAUUGUUAUGGCGAGUUGUGUCUUGCAUAACUAUUUACGCACAAAAAGUAAUACUAGAACUAUGGAUGAGGAAUAUGAAAAUUUACCAAAUUUUCAACAAUUACUGCCUCUGCCGCGAUUGAGAGGUCGCGUUUCGAAAAGGGCAUUUGAAAUAAGAGACCAAUUUACGGAUUAUUUUAACUCCGUAGAAGGACGAGUGACUUGGCAAAACCACAGCGUGCAACGGGGCGCGUAUUGAUAUCGUUCGACAAUUAAUACAACAUUGUUUCUUGUAAUUAUUUUGUAA